UGAUCAUUUAAGACAAUAGAAUUGGUUAUACGCGCGAAAGGUGUCGGUGGCAAGACGUACAACAGCGAUGGAUACAUGUUUGAAAAGUAAAAAUGAAGACUCUGAACUGGGCCCUGGACAAAAUUCUAAUCCAGAUGAAGAGCUAAUAUGAGUGGUGGUCAAAAUAAAGCAAAAACGGUGAGCUGGAGACAAUACAGCAAAAGUUAUCUUUCGUUUGGAUUUACUUUCACCGGGGAGCCGACUGCACCGACUCCGUUAUGUUUGGUGUGUGGGGAAAAGCUUAACAACAGUACCAUGGUCCCAAGCAAGUAUAAACGCCAUCUCCAAACGAAACACCCGUCACUUCAAAGCAAGAACACGGACUAUUUUGUUUGCCUGAGAAAGGAGGAACAGGCAACUUUUAUGAGGAAAAACUACAACGGCGUCUGCGAGAGCUCUCAAAGCUACUUAGUAGCUGAACUCAUAGCCAAAUCGAAAAAGCCACACACUGUGGCAGAGACAAUAAUAAUACUACCUGCCUGCAAAGCCAUUGUAAAUGAGAAGCUUGGCCCUUGUGCAGGUUAAAGAAGUAGCUACAGUCCCUCUCAGAUUAUACAAUGAACCAACAUGGUAUUCAAUACAUUUGCCCGUCAUCCUGGACUGCAGCAAUCAAAGCCAAAUGCGGUUUGACUCAAUGUUUCGCUGCCAGCUUCCGUACUGUCAGGAUCAGGCAGCUAAUUACCAGCACGUCUCUUUCUGAAAGGGGCAAAAUGCACUGCAGUGCCUGAAAGGAGGGGACGUGGAAGCCAGUAGCUGUGUCUCAAUUCAGGGGCUGCGUCCUCCGAAGGCUGCAGCCCCGGAAUUGAGACACAGCUUGUGUGGUAAUGGUGGCAGUGUCUCUACUGCCAUCUAGUGGCUCUACAGAGCUACUUUUCAUCUACCCACCUGCAUGCUGUCAAUGUGUCCACACAACUGCACUGCUCAAUAAAAAAUAUGCAGUAUUACACACUGCUGUCCUCCUACACCCCUGUGUAUGAGAUCCAGAGACAAGCUGGCCAGUCAUACCAGGAGAAAGACACCAACUACUCACAUCACACGACUAUUCCACCCAGAAACGCACAAAGGAUCAACAACUCGCCGUCUGUGGACAUCUGAUUGUGUGAUUAGUGAUUGAAAGAAGGUGUUAAACAGGAAAGCAUUCUGAGGAGAAGAAGGGGCGACUCACAAUCACUGGACAUCUUACUGAAUGACAGAAUAUACUCUGAAGACUUGACUUUCAUCUACUGAGAGCUCAGUAACCUCCUGGUGAGAAGAAACACAGGACCUAAGGAACAUUCUUCUUGCAUUGAGAGCACAUUGAAGUUUCUUCAGCGGCCAUGGCAUCAACGGGUCUUCAGCUGCUGGGCUUGGUGUUGGCGGUGCUGGGUUGGGUGUGCGGGGCGUUGGUGUGUGCGGCUCCUCUGUGGCGGGUGUCCGCCUUCGUGGGUGGAGAGAUAGUGAUUGCCCAGGUGUUGUGGGAGGGACUGUGGAUGAACUGCCUGUCCCAGACCACAGGCCAGAUCCAGUGCAAGACCUACGACUCCACCCUGGCUCUGCCCACGUCUGCCCAAGCCGCCCGCAGCCUCACUGUUCUCUCCCUGCUCCUCUGCCUCCUGGCCCUCAUGCUCGGGGUGGCAGGGGCCAAGUGUACUCACUGCAUGGGUGACGGUAACCCGGCCUACAAGUAUCGGCUUGGUAGGAUAGCAGGGGUGCUGUUCCUCGUGUCUGGCUUGGCCUUCUUGAUACCCAUCUGUUGGACUGCCCACGCAAUCAUCAGGGACUUCUAUGAUCCAAAUGUUGCAGCGCCUUUUAAGAGAGAGCUGGGCCCGGCGCUGUACCUGGGCUGGGGGGCCAGCGUGAUGCUCCUGGUAGGGGGCUCCCUACUGCAUGUGGGCUCCUCUCCACGAAGCGGAGGAACAGUGCCUGUUUUCCCCAGAGCGGCGAAGGACAACCCACAUGCAGUGGUAGCAGGGGAGGUGAAGCAACAGGAAAAAUCUUUUGUAUGAGAUGAUUUUAUCGGACAUGUGAGGUACAAACAAACACAGAGGUCACAACCUCGUCAGACAAGCUUCUGGACACUACAAGGUCACCAUCUAUUGGAGGGUAUGCAGCCUCUAUUGUGUUUUAUAUCUUUUAAAGCACAGUUUGUUUGAAUUACAAUGUGGAUUUCAUUACACUUUGGUAAAUGAUUGUUUCUCAUUUAUUGAUUCAUUUACUUGAUACACAACAAAGGGUUUCUAGUAGAAUUAACAUUAUUUAAUAGCUUUCUGUCAGAGUGGGAGUUGACAUGAAUUGUGGGAGGAAUUAAAUGUUUAGAGGUUUACUAAUGUGUGUAACUUACAUUUCUCAAAUUCCACUCUGCCUCUGCGUGUGUGGGCGGUCUGUGUACAGAAGGCCAGUGUACAUAGUAUAUCAGUGUAUACUGGUGUGUUUACUGAAAAUAUGUGUGGGCAGUCAGAGAAAUGCUUUUUUAUUUGUAUUUAUAUUUUACUGUUUAUGAAUGUUUCGCAGUAUUUGGGGUUUCCGAGCAAAUGUACUCAUCACAUUUUAGUUUUCCUUUUUCAUUUAUUUCUUUAUUCUUGUUUAUAUUUAUUUGUACAGUGGUUCUGUAUAUGUAUUUCUACUGUAGCCUUUUAUUGAUAUCAGUCUAAACACCCCGAUUGUCCCCUAUAAGUUUUAGAGCUUGUUUGUUUCGCCUUAAUAUGAGAAAUAAUUAAUAAAGUUUAUGAUUUGAUUUGAUUUGAUUUGAUGUAGUAUUAUUUCCAUUAGCAGUAGUUUUGUUCAUUUAGUUUAACAAAAAAAUAAUGUGUUGCUGAUCUGAACUUUUUUCAUUUCUGACUUUAUUUGUGUAGUUUACAAAUGUUCACCAUUUUACCUGAAUGUCAUAUGUCUUACAUAGUCUAGAGAUGUAGCAAAUCUUACGUUUCUAGCUUUUAGGUUUAGGACAUUGCAUUUUUUUUUACUGUUUGUAUAAUUAAUAACUACUUAUGCACAAUAAAUAUACAUAUUUGC